UAAUUUCUGGUGUUUGGGAAAUUCUAUUCUAAUCCUUUUUUUUUGUUUCUAUGGUUUAGGUUAGUUGAUUUUAUCUUUUUUUCCUCUUUUAUAUUGAAAGAUAAUCUUGGUUAACAAUCUGUUGAUUUUUUGUUAUCAUUUUCUACUUUGAUUAGGGUUGUAUUUGUCUAUUUCUGUGGCUUUCAUUUUAUCUUUUCUUGUUUUGUUUUUGUUGGUGGCAUUUAGAUCGGUAUGUGGGCUAGAGGUUUCAAAAAAUUGUCACUUUCCCGUCAAUCAUUGGUCAAUAUUAAACGUCAAUGUGUUCACACCUCAAUUGUUAGAAAUAAAUCAGCAGAAGGACAUGUAACUACUCAUCAUACUGUUCAUCCCCGUGAAUCUGAUGCAAGAUGGUCAGAGGUACCAAUGGAAAGGGUUCAAGAUGAAUCGGAUGUUGUAAUUGUUGGUGCAGGUCCUGCAGGUCUUUCCGCUGCAAUUAGGCUUAAACAACUCGCAGCUAAAUGUGAUAAAGAGAUCAAGGUAACCGUUAUUGAAAAGGCCAGUGAAUUGGGUGGACACACUUUAAGUGGAGCUUGUAUUGAAACUCGAGCCCUUGAUGAGUUAAUACCCGAUUGGAAGGAUAAAGAUUCCCCAUUGAAAACACCCGUAACUGCGGACAUUUUUAAAUAUUUGACGGAAAAAAGUGCUUACAACAUUCCGAUUUUUAAAUCAUUACCAAUGUACAAUCAUGGCAACUAUAUUGUUAGAUUGGGACAUGUAGUUAAAUGGUUAGGUAGUAUUGCUGAAGAGCUUGGUGUUGAUAUUUACACUGGAAUCGCUGCCGCUGAAUAUUUGAAAAACAGUGAGGGUUAUAUUGAAGGUGUUGCCACAAAUGAUGUCGGUAUCGCUAAAGAUGGUAGUCCAAAGGAUUCGUUUGAACGAGGGAUGGAAAUUCGUGCCAAGUGUACAAUUUCGGAAGGAUGUCAUGGUCAUCUGGCUAAGAGAUUGUACAGUGAUUUUAAUUUAAGAGCCAAUUGUGAACCUCAAACUUAUGGAAUUGGAUUGAAAGAGUUGUGGGAGAUCAAUCCGGACAAACAUAAACCAGGGACAAUUGAACACACUACAGGUUGGCCUUUGGAUAAGAAUACGUAUGGGGGAUCAUUUUUGUACCAUUUAAAUGAAGAUUCACCUUUGAUUGCUGUCGGAUAUGUGGUGGGCUUAGACUAUUCGAAUCCUUAUCUUUCACCUUUCCGUGAGUUCCAGCGAUUUAAAACUCAUCCCUCAGUUCGGGAUUAUUUUGACGAUCCAUUGGCCAAAAGAAUCGGUUAUGGGGCUCGAGCUUUAAAUGAAGGUGGAGUUCAAUCCAUUCCUAAACUUACAAUGCCCGGCGGAUGUUUAAUUGGUUGUUCGCCAGGUUUCAUGAAUGUGCCCAAAAUUAAGGGAACUCAUAACGCUAUGAAAUCGGGUAUAUUGGCCGCUGAUGCGAUCUUCGAAGCCUUUGAAAGCAACAAUCUGUCCUUCGGAUUUGAACCUGUUCGCUAUGAAGAAGAGCUAAGAAACAGUUGGGUCUGGGAUGAGCUUUCGGCUGUUCGUAAUGUCCGACCUUCGUUUCAUAAUCCGCUCGGUAUUUGGGGAACAAUGAUUUACACCGGUUUCUCUCAAUUGAUUCUUCGAGGUAAAGAACCUUGGACCUUUUCUCAUGGUGGGACAGAUUCAUCUAAAUUAAAACCCGCCGCUGAAUGUAAACCAAUCGAUUAUCCUAAACCUGAUAACAAAAUAACAUUUGACCUGUUAUCUUCAGUUGCAUUAACGGGAACCAAUCAUGAAGGAGAUCAACCUGCUCAUUUGACUCUUCGAGAUGAUGAAAUUCCUGAGGCCAGAAAUUUGGCAAUUUAUGAUGGACCUGAGCAGCGAUUUUGUCCCGCCGGGGUUUAUGAGUAUGUUGAAAAUUCAACUGGCCAAGGAAAACACCUUGUAAUUAAUGCUCAAAAUUGUAUCCACUGUAAGACCUGUGAUAUCAAAGAUCCGAGUCAAAAUAUUUACUGGGUCACCCCUGAAGGUGGAGGUGGACCAGCAUAUGAUGGAAUGUAAUUCAAUUACAAUUAAAACCAUCGCAGAAACAAUGACAAUCCGACAACAACCAAUCAACAUUAAUUGAUCAUGAAAACAAAUAUCCAACCAUAAAAAAAUAUAUUAACCUAAUCCAAUGUUAAUCUAAUUUUUUUGUUAAAUUUUGUAUUCUCAUAAUUUUAAUAUAUAUUAUAUACCUACAGGCAAUUACAAUUAGCAAAAAUUGUAAUCAAAUUAACUUGUAAAUCACCUUAAAAGGAACCAGAUUAAUCAAAAACAACAACAAAAAGUUAAUAAUAUUUAUGAAAAAAAAAACAGGUCAA